AUGACCUUCCUGGAGGCGGGGGCCAACCUCAACAAGGUUAUGGCCCAACGCGGCCAGAUCAACUCUGACUCUGUGGUGAUUGACGUGGGUUGCGGCAGUGGCACCACUGCUGUUGCAUUGUGCAAGUCCUCCGGCUGCCAGAUUGCCGGGGUAGACCUGAGCGGCGUUCGGAUUGCCAACGCUAUUGAUUCCCUGGAUGACGAAAGCCGUGAAGUGCAAGACAAGGUGUCUUUCAAGAAAGGCUCUGCAACUGACUUGCCUAUCGAGGACAAUUCCUUUACCCACGCCUGGAGCCAGGCUACCAUUUACCACGUUCCCGAUAAGGUGAAAGUGCUAGAAGAGGUUUACCGGGUCCUCAAACCCGGGGGCAUCUUCGUCUUUGACGACCUUAUUAAGCCUCAGCCCAACAUCAGUGAAAAGGCCAAGACAUUCGUCUAUGACCGCUUGCUCUAUGACACCGACUUCAGCUUCGCCUCCUACCAGGAAGACCUGAAAGCUUUGGGUUUUGAAAUCUUGAUAGCCGACGACAUUUCGGCCCAUCUGAAGACCAGCUAUCUCAUGUUGAGCAACGCCGCGUCCCAGGGGAACGAAGAGCACCGUGAGCGGUUCGCCUUCCUAGCUGAAGCCUACCGGGAAACUGCCGCUGCCGUGGAGAACCAGGAAGUUGGCUGGGCGAUGUUUGUUUGCCGCAAGUAG